AUGGGCAACGAGGACGAAGUAACGUCUCCUGUGCCUCCGCCGGUAGAGGAUCAGCUUGAGCGCGAAAUAUCAACAAGCAGCUCCGAAGGUCCGGCGUUCGAGCCAAUCCGAACACGAAAGACGAGGGACGUAGACGAUUACCGCUUCGAUGAUGGAGACGAGGCCACCCGCGAUGAGCUGGCAAAAAUUGCCUCCAUCCUGUCUGGAGCGCGGUCGCGCACAAAAUCCUAUACGAGCGAUGGUCUUCAAAGACAGGACACUGUCGCCGGCAUGGCGAUAGAGUCUCCUGAAUUCGAUCCCAACAACCCAGCCUUCAACUUUUAUCUCUGGAUCCGGAAGUUUCUUCAACUGCUCGAGGAGCAGAACAUCAAGCCACAACGAUCUGGCUUCACCUUCAAGAAUCUCAAUAUCUCUGGGAAAGGCUCGGCACUGGUACUCCAGAACACUGUUGGUUCCAUCUUCACGCAGCCGUUCCGCAUCCGAGAGCUCUUCAGCCAUCCCGAGGAGAAACAAAUCCUCCGCAACUUCAAUGGACAUGUCAACAGUGGAGAAUUGCUAAUCGUCUUAGGCCGGCCGGGAAGCGGCUGUUCCACAUUUCUCAAAAGCAUCUGUGGUGAGCUUCAGGGUUUGGCACUUUCAAAGGACUCAAAGAUCACAUACUCUGGCAUACCACAGGAUCUGUUUGUGAAGGAGUUUAGGGGCGAAGCCAUCUACAACCAGGAGAACGAAAAGCAUUUCCCUCAUCUUACUGUGGGAGAGACCCUCAACUUUGCUGCUGCGUGCAAAACACCAUCCAACAGAAUCCUUGAUGCCCCCCGGGAUGAGUGGGCAAAAUAUAUGGCAUCUGUCAUGAUGAACAUAUUCGGUCUAUCACAUACCCGGAAUACCAAAGUGGGAGAUGACUUUGUUCGUGGUGUCAGCGGCGGAGAGCGCAAGCGUGUCAGUAUCGCUGAAAUGGCCCUAGCCGGUUCGCCAAUUGCGGCAUGGGACAACUCUACCCGUGGUCUCGAUUCGCAGACGGCGCUUGAGUUCGUCCGCUCGCUCAGAAUUGCAGCGGACUUCGGUGGCCUCACUUCGCUCAUCGCCAUCUACCAAGCCUCGCAAGCCAUAUACGACCUAUGCGACAAAGCAAUUGUUCUGUAUGAAGGCAGACAGAUCUACUUCGGGCCUUGCGACGAGGCUCGGGCGUAUUUCGAAGAUAUGGGUUGGUAUUGUCCGCCCAGGCAGACUACCGGCGACUUUUUGACCUCUGUCACCAACCCUAGAGAGAGACAACCACGACAGGGUUUCGAAAACAAGGUGCCUCGGUCCGCCGAAGAGUUCGAGAAAUACUGGCUGGAAAGCUCUCAGUUCAAAGCCGCUCAAGAAGAGAUAGACCAUGCCGAUCAAGAGGAGGGCAGUGGUGAAAAGGCGCUGGAAGCGUUCAGGGACUCGCAUCACCGGCAGCAGGCUGAACACGUCCGCCCAAAAUCGCCCUAUGUGAUCAGCAUUCCCAUGCAAAUUCGCGUCUGCGUUACCCGAGCAUAUCAAAGGCUCUGGAACGACAAAGCAUCCACCAUUGCCGUCGUCUUCAGCCAGAUCGUACAAGCUCUGAUCAUUGGCUCCAUCUUCUUCGGGACCCCAGUUUCUACCGGCAGUUUCUUCGCAAAGGGCUCUGUUCUGUUCUUUGCAGUCCUGCUCAGUGCUUUGCAGUCGAUUGUCGAGAUCAACACCCUCUACGCCCAAAGACCGAUUGUCGCCAAACACAAGUCAUAUGCCUUUUACCACCCAUUCACUGAAGCAGUCGCGGGCAUUGUGGCCGACCUCCCGAUCAAGUUUUGCACGACUACGGUCUUCAACAUCAUCUUGUACUUCCUGGCCGGGCUGCGGUAUGAAGCGUCGAACUUUUUCAUCUUCUUCCUGUUCAACUUCAUGGCCAUGUUAACCAUGUCAGCCAUCUUCCGGAGCACCGCGGCGGUCACGAAGACCAUAUCUGCUGCUCUGGCAAUCGCCGGCGUGAUGGUACUUUGGAUCGUGAUCUACACUGGAUUUACGCUACAGCGGUCAUACAUGCAUCCUUGGUUUGAAUGGUCCUCAUGGGUCAAUCCCGUGGCGUACGCUUUCGAGGCCCUUCUGGUCAAUGAAGUCCACGGGCGCGAAUUUCCAUGUGCCUCGACGAGCUUGGUGCCGCCUUACGGCACAGGUUCUAACUUCCAAUGUGCUGUCGCCGGAGCUGUAGCUGGUCAGACUACUGUCUCAGGUGACCGGUGGGUUAAUUCUUCUUAUGGGUACUCCUACAGCCAUAUUUGGCGCAACCUGGGCUUCCUGUUCGCCUUUAUGAUCUUCUUCUUCGCGAUCUACUUCGUCGCCACUGAGAUCAACUCCGACACAACGUCCACAGCUGAAUUCUUGGUUUUCCGACGAGGCCAUGUCCCAGCAUACCUCCAGCAAGGCAGGAAAGACGAAGAGCGACCGCAAACCAACGAGAAAAGCAUCAGCUCAGACGACCCAGUCGAGGAGAAGCAAGCCGAAGAGGUCAAGGCGCUACCUGCACAGAAGGACAUCUUUACCUGGCGCAAUGUGACACUCGACAUCAAAAUUAAGGGCGAACCUCGGAGACUACUCGACGGCAUUUCUGGAUGGGUCAAACCAGGCACAUUGACGGCGCUGAUGGGGACAUCAGGUGCCGGCAAGACUACUCUGCUUGAUGCCCUGGCGCAGAGAACUAAUAUUGGUGUCUUGACAGGUGAUAUGUUAGUGAACGGCAAGCCUCUUGAUCCGUCUUUUCAGCGCAAGACCGGCUACGUGCAGCAACAAGAUCUCCAUCUGGAAACGACGACCGUCAGAGAGGCUCUUCGCUUCUCAGCUUACCUCCGGCAGCCAAAAUCUGUUCCACGGCAAGAAAAGGACGAGUUUGUCGAAGAAGUCAUCAAAAUGCUCAGCAUGGAAGAUUUUGCGGAAGCUAUCGUUGGCAAUCCGGGCGAAGGCCUCAAUGUUGAACAGCGCAAGCUGCUUACUAUUGGCGUUGAACUUGCAGCAAAACCGGCGCUUCUCAUCUUCCUCGACGAGCCCACUUCAGGUCUUGACUCCCAGAGCUCAUGGUCGAUUGUCGCAUUCCUCCGGAAACUCGCAGAUUCUGGCCAAGCAAUCCUGUGUACCAUUCACCAACCGUCGGCCAUACUCUUCCAGUCGUUUGACAGAUUGCUUUUUCUGAUGAGAGGCGGUAAGACCAUAUACUUUGGCGACAUCGGGCAGAACUCACGGACCCUGCUCGACUAUUUCGAGAUGAACGGUGCUGCUCGAUGUCCCGAUGAAGCCAACCCUGCCGAGUAUAUGCUCGACAUUUGCGGCAAGAAAGCAGACCGCGACUGGAGUGAGGUCUGGAAGGCGUCGCCAGAAGCCAAAGAGGUGCAGGCAGAGCUGGACCGGAUCCACGAAACGAAGAGAUCAGAGCCUGCGGCGGACAGUUCCAACCCGUCGGAGUUUGCCAUGCCCUUGACCUCGCAGAUGUACUAUGUCACCCAGCGAGUAUUCCAGCAAUAUUGGAGGACGCCAUCGUAUAUCAGUGGAAAAUUUCUCCUGGGCAUCAUGUCGGCAUUGUUCAUCGGUUUCUCGUUCUACAAGCAGAAUUCCACCUCAACCGGGCUGCAGAACACCAUCUUUGGCAUCUUCAUGCUGGUCACCAUCUUCUCUACACUCGUCCAGCAGAUCAUGCCCCGGUUCGUAAUCCAACGCUCUCUGUACGAGGUGCGCGAACGGCCCUCCAAAGCCUACUCGUGGGUCGCCUUCCUCGUCGCCAACAUCUCCGUCGAGAUUCCGUACCAAAUCGUCCUGGCCAUCCUGAUGUGGGUGUCCUGGUACUUUGCCAUCUUCGGCAAGAACCAAGACAACGAGACCAGGGCCCUCAUGCUGCUGUUCGUCAUCCAGUUCCUGGUGUUCACUUCGACCUUUGCGCACAUGAUCAUCGCGGCAAUGCCCGACGCCGAAACGGCCGGCAAUAUCGCAACCCUGCUCUUCAGCAUGAUGCUCACGUUCAACGGCGUUUUGCAAAGCCCGACAGCACUACCUGGGUUUUGGAUUUUCAUGUACCGCGUCUCCCCCAUGACAUACCUGGUCGCCGGGUGGGCCUCGACAGGCUUGCGUGGCCGGAGGGUCCAAUGCGCAGACAACGAGCUCGCCAACUUCGAUCCCCCUUCAGGCCAGACCUGCGGAGCGUACCUCGCGAGGUAUCUCCAAGGUGGAGCCCCCGGCCAAUUGUACAACCCGGCGGCGACGAGUCAAUGCCAGUACUGCCCGCUCACGUCGGCGGAUCAAUUCCUCGCGGGAAGCAACAUUUACGCGAGCGACAGGUGGCGCAACUUUGGGAUCGGCUUUGCCUACAUCAUUUUCAAUAUCUUCGCCUGCAUCACGCUAUAUUACCUGUUCCGCGUCCGACGAGUCAGCCUCUCGAACUUGGCCAAAGGCCCAGCCAGGGCGGUGGAUCUCGUGGUCACGGGCCUGAGGAGGAUGUUUGCCCGACAUGGUGAGCCGACGCCGAGGGGACGAGAAGCCGAGAACAACAAGGCUUAUUAA